AUGGGAUUCAGAGACAUUUGGAAGGAGUACAUGAAGAACUCUUCUCUCCAUGGAGCUAAAUUUAUCGUUGACGAAAGAUAUCAGCACUCAGAGAGAUUUUUCUGGGUCGUGUGUGUCUUUGCCUCCUGGAUGGCAUCGGGUCUUCUCAUUCGAGCGUCUCUCGAUGCUUUUCAAAAUAAUGCCAUUAGUUUUGUGGUGGAAACGUCAUUUCUCAACUGGAAAACCCACUUUCCCUCAAUUGCUGUGUGCGAAACGAAGAAUUCUGACAAGAUUCAAGAAAUUUCAGAGCUAUUGUGGGGUGUGGAGCAUGAUUUCACGCUGGAAGAAGUUCUCAGCGAGAUAACUUACUUCCGUGGUGAAUCUUAUCACUUGGUGCACGAGUGCGCCAGCGAUGAACCCAUCGCCAAUUGCCUCUUCUCCGACUACAUCAAGUACGCGCGACUAGUGCGCAGCGACUGCUCGAGAACCCUGAAGGAGUGCCAGUGGAAUGGCGAGAGGAAAUUCAAUUGCUGCGAUUACUUCUUCCCAAUGGACUCUGAGCUCGGCACUUGCUAUGCCAUUAACUCCAUUCAAACAGAAAACCCCAAGAAGAUGAAAAUGCCAAUGAUUUCUGACAAAUAUUCAGGACCCGGAAGGCUCACCAUGGAAAUUCUCACAGAAGCCAAUAUUUAUAUUCUUGGCGAAGAAGAUGUUCCACAUUUGGUCACCCCAAAGUCAGAAAUGCUAGCAGUCACGCCUCACAUUUCAUACUAUCGACAGAUCACGAUGAAGAACAUUGAAAAUGAUCCUGAGACGCGUGACGUGAAUGUGGCGCAGAGAAGCUGCAGAUAUCCUGACGAGAACAUCCUGGACGUCCACGAAUCCUACAGCUACAGCGCCUGUUCUGUGCAAUGCCGAAAGGAUGCUCAGCUAAAGAUCUGCAACUGCACAAGUCACUUAAUGCCCAACGUUUCUCCUCAUUUGCAUUGCAACAUCAGCGGCUUGAAGUGCCUCAACGAGCACUACGAGGAGCUGUCGAUUGUCAUCCCCAAGUGGUCAUCGCACGGCCGAAAGGGGGUGGUUUGCGAUUGUUUGCCCUCAUGCACAGAAAUUGAUGUGUCUAUCGUGCACGACUCGAAGAACAAGGGCGGCAAUCAUCAGGCUGUGGCGCAGGUGGAGAUUGAACUUUCAGCCCUGCCGACGGAACGUUACAAGAGAAACGUUGUUCGAGGCCGAUUGGAUUUAGUCGUGUCCAUGGGAGGAACAACUGGACUCUUCGUGGGAGCCAGUCUUCUGAGCUUUGUCGAAAUCCUCUACUAUUUCACAAUCCGCCCCUAUGGAAAUUUUCUCAUGAAGAAACACGCCAAAUAGACACCAUCGACAGCAUCACAGUUUCCUCCUUGUGUGAUUGCACGCGAAACGGCCACUGGCGGGGGAAACACACACUGGACACAUUUUCUUCAAUUCACUUUCGUCGGUAAGGCCAGCAGAGAGUCUUGACGGCGAUCAGUUGGAGUUGAAAAGCUCGUCGGGGCGGUAAAAGUGCUGAGCGUGGCCUUAAGUGUUGAGCGAGAGAGAUACGCGUUUAAGCCAAAACAAAUUAUAUUUCCAUUACCAUCGAAGAUAUAAAGAGCAGCUUCUGGUUUUUGCUUUCAUCCACAAUAUAAAGUGCACGAGAUUAUUUUGAAUUAUUGCAAGUAAAAUGUAAGUUUUUUCUUUGGUGUGAAGAUGUUGGACGAGGAGAUGAAAAAUGGCAAGAAAUUACAUGUCUAAAUUUGUUGUGAAAUAUGUAGCAGAAAUUCUGGUGUUGAAAAACCACAAUAAAGAGUGAUAAAAAUUCCGCAAUU